CAAAUCUCAAAUCGGUUGGGAAGCUGCCUGCAUCAUCCGCCGACCGAGCCAGGAACCGACGAGCAGAACCGGAGAAAAAAUGGCGUUCACAUUCGCGGCCUUUUGUUACAUGCUUGCUCUGCUGCUCACGGCGGCGCUUAUCUUCUUCGCGAUCUGGCAUAUUAUAGCAUUUGAUGAGCUGAAGACUGAUUACAAGAAUCCUAUAGAUCAGUGUAACACUUUAAAUCCGCUGGUGCUCCCAGAGUAUCUCAUCCAUUUCUUCUUCUGCGUGAUGUUCUUCUGUGCGGCCGAGUGGCUCACCCUCUGUCUCAACUUACCGCUGCUGGCUUAUCAUGUCUGGAGGUAUAUGAGCAGACCUGUGAUGAGCUGUCCAGGACUCUACGACCCAACAACCAUCAUGAAUGCUGACAUCCUGGCGUUUUGUCAAAAAGAAGGCUGGUGCAAACUGGCUUUCUACCUCCUGUCGUUCUUCUACUAUCUCUACGGGAUGAUUUAUGUUCUUGUGAGCUCUUAAACCGGACGAUGAAGGAAAAGGACCUGCAUGUACAGUAGACGACCAGACACUAUGAUCUUAGUGCUGGAACACUGGACCUGCUGGAGACCACCGUUCAGCAACACAAGAUUUCAAGCGGACUAACUCUCGACCCCCCAACACACAGCGCAGAGUGUCAUUUCGGAAACAUUUAGCCCGUCUUAAGAGAAUAUCUCGGUCGCAGCGUUCCUCUCAUAGCACUAUAGUUUAAAUUUUAUGGAGGACAAACCUGAAUGGACAAGUUUUUUUUUUCCUUUUUUUUUUUUUUUUAAUGGUGUGUUUUGGAUGCUUGGGAUUUAAAUAAAGUUUUUUUUUUUUUCAUCUUGGUUUCAAACUAUUGAGUGUUUACAGAUUUAGGUAGACAUUUUCAGGUGUGCUUUAUCUGUGAGAAUCUGAGCUGUGUGCUGAACUACGUUAGCUUCUCCUGUGAAUUAGAUUCUGGGCUUUAACGGCUAAUUUCUAGCUGCAGCGUGAUUCAUUAUCAUCACCGAAACAAAUAGUUAAAUGCAAACUAGUCUUCUGAUAUUGCUCACAGAUGCAUCAGGACAUUUUGGGACUUGAAGGUACAGUUUUGUACAGCGAGGGCUGAAGUGCGUGGGUUGCUAUCACUUAGUGAAACGUGUUGCACAGGGACAAUCUUAGUCUGGUUGUCACAUUGGUUUUCAAACUCUGAUGUAUUGUUUCCAUACUUAUCUAUCAUCACAUUUACAUCAUGUAAUCCCUGUUUAAAUCAGUUGCAGUAUUUGUUUUAAGUGUGAUUCAAGAGUAGCCAGCGACGUGUAUGUGACCUGUAUUUAUCGCCCUCGCAGCUAUCGAUAAAUAAAAAGGUAGACUCAACAGUAGAACGAUAUAUUCAGCAUUAGGGAGCGACAGUACGUUGUUGUUCUGCUUUCUGCAUUUGAGCUUUUGAUAGAAAACUGCUGAUGUGCCAUACUGUUGACUGUAUCUUUUGAAAUUCCCGAACUGUUUGGUCAUUUGUGCAUUUUGUUCAUUUCAGCACCAAAUAUUCCACAGCGUUAAGAACGCCACUGUUUAUUUAUUCAGUGUUUUUUCAUUUUACUUUUUAAAUGUCUCCAAGAUAUCAAACACUCCUCGCUGGUCAGUGUCGGGUCAUUUUCGAGUGAUUUAAAUCUGGAAAGUGAUUGUUUUUGUUUUCUAGAGAGUCGAGACCAUUAGACAAAAGUUUUCAUAAAUACUAGAGUAUUUAUUGCCAUUUUCAAAUGUGUACAUUUAUCAGGGAAAGGGAUGGUCAUUUGUCACAGAUACCAUUAACAUUUUUAUGUAUUAGAUCCCAUCGUGUCAUAUCUAGGAAAUGACAACUUGAGUUUAUUUGAAUCUAAAUAAAAAAACUAUCCCACUCUGUUAA